GGUCAUACUGUUGUGAAAUUUGUACGCCGGCCGCAAUUCAAAAUCGCAGUAAUUCUUCAAAUAAACUAAUUGAUGGCUUCUAACAAGGAGUGCCUAAUUAUCGUGCUGGAUGUGCGCACCUGUGCCGACGAGGAUGUUAAACUGAAAUCUGUGAAAUGUGCAGCGGAGAUUCUCAAGGAAAAGAUCGUGUGCGACAAGAAGGAUCUGGUGUCCUUUGUUCUGGUGGGCUGUGACAGCAGUGUAGACGAUUUGACUGCGGCAAAUGUAGUGCAAUUUGGAAACGCCCGACUGUGCUCUUGGCAUCUUCUCCUAGAGUUUUUCCAAUUUGUAAACAAAACCGCCUGUGAGGAGGGACAGUGGCUGGAUGGACUGAAAGUGGCAUUACAACUGCAGGAGGAGGCUUUGUUAUUCAAGCCCGCCAGACGGAGGAUCCUCUUGCUCUUCGAUUUCAAUGCCUUUCCGCAGGACUAUGAAAAGUUCAACACGAUCACCGACACACUGGUCAACGAAGAAAUAGAAUUGAUCGUGGGCACCCACAAUAUAGCCUACAUAGACAACUCGGAGAGCGGUCUGCCUCAGGCCAUUUUCAAUUUCUCGCGUAAGUGCAGCCCCGAGGAGCUAGAGAACCAGAAGUACGCCCUCAGCCUCGUGCCCCGCUGCAACGCCACGCUGUGCAACUUCAAGGAGGCCCUGCGCACCGCCUUCAAGGUGACAAAUAGACGGCCUUGGUCGUGGAAUGCCAAGUUGCAUAUUGGUAGCAAGAUCAGCAUCAGCCUGCAGGGUGUGAUCGCCAUGAAGAACCAGACGACCGUCAAACUGAAGAAGGUCUGGGGGGAAGACAACGAGCUGGUCUCCCGCGAGACACGGCAUUUUAUCAAAGGCACUGAGGUGACGCCGUUGCCGGAGGACUUGGUAACCGGUUACAUGCUGGGCGGCACCCCGGUGCCUUAUGACGACGCCCUGCUUGAGCCGAAGGAGCCGCAUCCGCCGGGCCUUCACUUCUUCGGAUUCAUCAAGCGCGAUGCUGUCCCUGAUGAGUACUAUUGCGGAGAUUCUCUGUAUCUCCUGGUACACCAGAAGGGAAACACUGCCUCUGCUAACAAACUCGACGCCCUGGUUCGCGCCUUAAUUGCCUCGGAUCGGGCUAUACUUUGCUGGAAAAUCUACAGCUCCAAGUUCAAUACACCGCGUAUGGUAGUGCUGCUGCCACGUUUGGCGGACGACUCUAAUCCGGCCACACUCUACAUGCUGGAGGUGUCCUACACGGCUCAACAUCACUUUUGGGACUUUCCAGCUCUGCGAACCGCCAAAUCGGAGUGCAGCGAGGAGCAACUUCAGGCCGUCGACCGGCUGAUCGACAGCACAGAUCUGGAGUGCUCACUACGAGACACACAGCAGUUGCGGCAGUGGCCCGAAAACGAUUUGCUGCCUUUCGACGGACUGCCCAGCAUCUUUGAGCAGAACGUGAUGGACGUCCUGGAGCGAAAAGUGACCAAUCAAUCUAAAGUCAUAGACAAGAACUUUGCAGAUGUGUUUUGGCGAGUCCCUGAGCCUCUGGAGGAGAAGUCCAAGCAGGCUGCUUCUGCCGUCAAGAAGCUCUUCCCGAUGCGUUACAGUCGCGAGUGGCUGGAGAAGCUGAAGGCCAAGGAUAAGGCUGAAAAUGGCAUGCUCGUCAAGCAAGAGCCACCAGAGAAGGAGAACCCCAUGCCCAGCGACGGCGUUGGCUUGUCCACUCCAGCCCAGGACUUUACCCGCAUUCUGGCCAGCGUUCGCACCAUCGCAAAUGCCACCCAGAAGGAUGCUAGCUUCCAGGCCCUUGCCGCCCAGGUCCGCGUUGUCAUUUUCACGCUGCUCGAACGCAAGAAACUCAACAGCGAACAGCUGGGCGAAAUCAUUGGUCUGUACCGCCAGAGCUGCAUAGACUUUAACGCGUUUCAGGAGUACGACAAGUUUGCGGAUGAGCUUAAGGCUGUUGUGCUAGCAAAGAACCUCAGAGCGUUCUGGCAGGAUAUCGUUAUUGACAAGCAAUUGGGUCCACUGGUACUAGGCGAACCCACGCUGGACGAUGAAUUGGCUCUAAAAGACUACUAUGCCAUCGAAGAUCGGAGAGAAGCGAUGGAAGUUGAGCAAGGGGAUGUUGAAACGGAAUCCUAGUAUCUUAAGCACAAAUUAUAUUUUAUGUUUUAU